UGCGAACAUUUCACCGCAGCAAAAUAUUUUACAGCGCAGACGACGAUUGCCCAUUCUUUCUGUCAAGCUCAUACGAAUUACGAAGGUAGACAGUAGACUGGUGACGUAUUCAACUGUCAAGCUCUUCACUCUUUCUCUCUCUUCUUCGCUCCCGAUCGUGUUCACCACCUGCAGCUCCACCAUCAAUGGCGGAGGAAGAGAGAGAAUUGCCGCUUACAAUGGACAAAGACACCAAUCUCCUCUCCAAAGUAGCGGCAAAUCACCUAUACCUAACUCAAUUCGAGGCAUUCCGAUCAACAAUCCUUAGUCUCCGUCAUCGGAACCCUAAUCUUGCACUCUCUCUCCUCCAAACUAUUGUUGUCAAUGGUGGAAACUUUAAGAAUGCCAUUUACUCCACCAAUUGUUCUUCUCCUGCUCUUCUCACUUGGCUAUCGUCUCUUGAACUCUUCCAAUUUGAGAAUUGUACUUCAAUUUGGUCAUCUUCGACAUCGGCUGAUUCGCUUCGGCUUCGUGUUGAGUUCUUGCUGUACAUUCAGAUGGUCAGUUCCAGGGUUUCAGAGAGUGUUAAUAGGAAAGCAGAGAUGGAGGAGGAGGAGGCGGAGGAAGAGCUGCGGGAAUUAAAAGGUUCUAUGCUGUUGUUGGAUGGGAUAAUGGAGUUAGGGUUGAGGAGAUUGAAGGAAGAUUUGAUUGUUAGUUUGGGUGAAGAGAGGGGAAGUGUGGAGGAGGAGGGAGUGGUUAUUAGAGAGGAGGAAUUGGGGUGCUUGAAGAGAGUAGUUCUGAAAAAUGCGGAUGUUUUCGUCUCAUUGUGUGAGAAUAUACAAGGACAAGUAGGUGUGGAGUUAGAGAAAGAUGAUGAUAAUGAGUUGGCUAUAACUCUGAGGAGAGAAGGGAGGGUGGGGACUGUUUUGAGUGAGGAGGAUCAAAGAGUCUUACAAUCAAUCCAGAAGUAUGCACAGAUUGCACAUUUGGAGGAGAUGAGACAAUGUGUAAUCAUGGACGAUGUAGACGAGGCUAUUUUACAUAUUCGAUAUUUGCACUUGGUUUAUGGAGUCUCCAAGGAAGAGUAUCGAAUGGUUUUUCAAGAUUUGCUCCAAAAGGUUUUCUCAGGAAAAGAGGGACUAGGAGACACUUCUUGUACAACAAGGGAUAAAUUGCUGUAUAUAUAUCGAGAAGCUCUUUUAUCAAAUUGCACACAUCUUGUUCAAAUGAUCCAGGCUGUUCAAGAUCAUCUUCUGCUAGAAGAAAUAACUUUGCUGAGGGGUUCGGACAACCAGAUCUUGCCUCCGCUAAGGCAACUUCAAAAUCGAAUGCAAAAUAAGAAGCUUGGGAAUUACAACAAUGACACCUAUUUAUCUUCUAAUUUGGAUAUUACUUCUUGCAUGCGGGAUUUAUACCAUUAUGCUCGUGUUGCUGGAUUGCAUGUUUUGGAGUGUGUUAUGGAAACAGCUCUUUCUGCUGUCAAGAACGAGCAGUUGGAAGAAGCAAGCUAUGUUGUGUCGUUGUUUCCGCGGCUUCAACCCCUAGUUAGUGUCCUUGGGUGGGAUUUAUUGCCCAACAGAACUGCUGCUCGAAGAAAAUUAAUGCAACUACUUUGGACAAGCCGGUCAAAAAUAUAUGAGCUUGAUGACUCCUCUCUGUAUGAAAAUGAUUCGGAUGAGAAAUCAUGCGUGGAAUUUCUUUGUGAUACCUUGUGUUAUCGGCUUGACCUUGCUUCUUUUGUUGCUUGUGUCAAUUCGGGUCAACCAUGGAAUAUCACGUCCUCCGUACUAUUUUCUGGAAAUGGACAAGUAGAUACACAAGAUGAGAAUGCUCAUUUGGAUCCUUUUGUGGAGAAUUUUGUUUUGGAAAGGCUAUCUUCUCAAAGUCCUCUACGGGUGUUAUUUGAUGUUGUUCCGACCAUUAAGUUUGAAGAUGCUGUUAGAUUGAUCAGCAUGCAGCCGACAGAUUCUUCUGCAGCAAAAUGGAAAAGGAUGCAUGAUGUUGAACUGAUUCACAUGCGCUAUGCGCUUGAUUAUGCCGUCAUGGCAUUGGGAGCUAUGGAAAAGAGUAUCUCUGAUGAUCAAAUUUGCUAUCCUCAGUUGUCAUUAAGCUUUUUGAAGGAACUUAGGCAUCAUCUUGACGCUGUGAACAGUGUGGCACGCAAGAUAUUCAUGGUGAACAUUAUCAUUUCCCUCCUACACGUUGACAGCAUCGCAGUUGAUUUUGAACAUUGUGGCUUAGCAGGGAGCAACCCCGAGUUAUCCCAGACUGGUUUGAGGCAAAAUGAUGAUGUCAAUUUUGAUGAAAUGGGAAACCACAUGGCUGUUUCUAUUGUGGAAUUUCUACUUGAUACUUUGAGUCGCAAUUUACCAACAGAGCUGACAUCGGAGGUAACUGAUUCUAGUGGUGAAAAAGAAGCCUUAGAGUGGAGAAUCUCAAAUGCUAGAAAUUUCAUUGAAGAUUGGCAAUGGAGAUUGUCAGUUUUGCAGCAACUAUUGCCCCUGCGUGAGCUGAAAUGGAGAUGGAAGGAGGCAUUAACUAUACUACGUGCAGCACCAUCAAAGUUGCUUAACCUAUGCAUGCAAAAGGCAAAGUUUGACAUAGGGGAGGAGGCGGUACAUAGAUUUUCCUUGUCAUCUGAAGAUAGAGCUACGCUUGCGCUAGCUGAAUGGGUGGACGACACUUUCAAGAAAGCAUCUGUCGAGGAUGCAGUUUCCCGUGCUACAGAUGAAACAGUGACUCUCCAAGAGAUUGAUUUUUCAUCGCUACGUUCUCAAAUUGGUCCUAUCGCUGCUAUUCUUCUCUGCAUUGAUGUUGCUGCUGCUUCUGCGAAGUCUACAGACAUGUCUGAGCGACUCCUAGAUCAGGCUCAAACCAUGUUGUCAGAAAUAUAUCCUGGAGGGUCCCCAAAGAUUGGAUCCACUUAUUGGGAUCAGAUCCAAGAAGUUGCAUUGGUCUCUGUAGCAAGACAUCUUCUCAAGCGUCUACGUGAACUCCUAGAGCAGGAAAAUUCUGCUACCCUUCAGGCUGUUUUGUCAGGCGAGUUAAACUUUACUGCAUCUCAUCAACAAGGGCAUAGAGAUCGUGCUCUUGCACUGCUACAUCAGAUGAUUGAAGAUGCUCAUAUGGGCAAGCGGCAGUUUCUGAGUGGAAAACUUCAUAAUCUUGCCAGAGCGGUAGCUGAUGAAGAAACAGGGAUAGAUCUUGUCAAAGUGGAAGGCAAGGAACAGAAAUAUCUUUUUGACAUUGACAGGAAUAGCUUUGUUGGUCUUGGGCUCAGAACUGUUAAACGGCAAUCCUGCAGUUCAGCUACCGGAGAAAGCACUGCACAACCUUCAGCUUAUGAUCUGAAAGACGCUGAAAAGCGGCUGUUGAGCCCCUUAAGUGCAAAACCAUCAACAUACCUCUCGCAAUUUGUUCUUCAUAUUGCUGCAAUUGGUGAUAUCGUUGAUGGCACGGAUACAACUCACGACUUUAACUUCUUUUCACUCAUAUACGAAUGGCCUAAGGAUCUUGUAACUCGCCUAGUUUUUGAACAAGGCAGCACCGAAGCAGCCGAAAAGGUAGCAGAUAUCAUGUCUACUGAUUUUGUUCAAGAAGUUAUCUCAGCAUGUGUACCUCCUGUUUAUCCUUCACGGUGUGGCCAUGGUUGGGCUUGUCUUCCAUUGGUUGCAUCCAGUGCCAAGAUUAGCCUGGCAAGUCAUUUACCGACAUCUUCUGCUAGAGUGACUUCUGCAAGUGAUGUCAACAGUUCCUUGGCUUCAGCUGGUAUUGCUCAGUACCAUCUUCAGUUAGACAUAAUAAAGCAUUUGGUCAAAAUAUCACCAGUUAGAGCUGUACUAGCAUGUGUCUUCGGGAGCAGUAUAUUAUACAGUAGUAAUGAGUCAUCCAUCCUCAGUCCCUUGAACGAAGAACUGCUGCAUUCACCUGAUACUGACAGGAUAUUCUUUGAAUUCGCUCUUGAUCAGUCAGAGAGAUUUCCAACUUUGAAUCGAUGGAUUCAGAUGCAGACUAAUCUUCACCGAGUUUCUGAGAUUGCUGUAACACCCAAGGAUACAGAUGAUGCUGGUGGGAUACAGAACAACAGGAAAUCAUCUGUUAAACGAUCUCGAGAGAAUGAAAUUGACACUGAGUCAGAAAUUGAUGAGAAUAUUGGAACUAACACUGUAGCAUUUGUUCCAGAAAUUGCUCAAACUACUGUUGAACAUGACACACUGCCGGAUUCCACGAAAUAUCAAGCUGCUGAAGACGACACCACUACUUUUCUAACUUUUGACUGGGAAAACGAAGAGCCAUAUGAAAGAGCUGUUAAAAGAUUAAUUGAAGAGGGUAAUAUAAUGGAUGCACUCGGUUUUUCUGAUCGUUUUUUGAGGGGCGGGGCAUCAGAUGAGUUGCUUAGACUUCUAAUUGAACGUGAAGAGAACUGCCAAAACAAUGGAAAUUUGCAUGGACAUUUCGGGAACAGGAUGCUGAGUAAUAGUUGGCAGUAUUGUCUCAGAUUGAAGGACAAACAACUAGCAGCGCAGCUAGCCCUAAGGUGUCUGCAUAGGUGGGAACUAGAUGCUGCUUUGGACGUGCUCACUAUGUGUAGCUGUCAUCUGCCUCACAAUGAACCUAUUAAAAAUGAGGUCUUGCAACGGAAACAAGCAUUACAAAAGUAUAAGCACAUUUUAUCUGCAGAUGACCAGUACCGAAGUUGGCAGGAGGUUGAAGCAGCAUGCAAGGAUGAUCCUGAGGGCUUGGCACUUAAAUUAGCUGAAAAGGGGGCUGUUUCUGCUGCUUUGGAGGUGGCAGAAAGUGCCGGAUUAUCUAUUGAUCUUCGGAGAGAAUUGCAAGGCAGACAACUUGUCAAACUUCUUACAGCAGACCCAUUGAGGGGAGGGGGUCCAGCUGAAGCCUCACGUUUUCUUUCAUCUUUGCGCGAUUCAAAUGAUGCUUUACCUGUUGCAAUGGGAGCUAUGCAACUUUUACCUAACCUGAGAUCAAAGCAACUUCUUGUUCACUUUUUCCUGAAGAGGAAAGACGGUAAUUUAUCUGAUGCUGAGGUAUCUAGGCUGAACUCUUGGGCUUUGGGUCUUCGGGUUCUUUCUGCCUUGCCAUUGCCAUGGCAGCAAAGAUGUUCAUCUCUCCAUGAGCACCCUCAACUAAUCCUUGAGGUGCUGUUGAUGAGGAAACAACUACAGUCUGCUUCUCUGAUCCUCAAGGAGUUUCCUUUACUUCGGGAUAACAAUGUAAUCUUCAAAUAUAGUACCAAGGCUAUUGCUGUCAGUAUCAGCUCCCCGCCCAGAGAAAGUCGAAUAUCUGUAUCUGGUCCUAAACUGAAGCAGAAAACAAGAACUGCAACUCCCACGAAAUCAUCUUUGACAAGUAGUUUAAGUAACUUGCAAAAAGAAGCUCGGCGGGCAUUUUCUUGGACUCCACGUGGUGCUGCAGAUAAAGUUCCUCCGAAGGAACCACACAAGAAAAGGAAAAGCUCUGUUUUAACACCAUCAGAGAAAGUUGCUUGGGAAGCAAUGACAGGAAUUCAAGAAGAUCAUGCUUCCUCAUUAUCUGCUGAUGGACAAGAUCGACUGCCUUCAGUGUCUAUUGCUGAAGAAUGGAUGCUGACAGGUGACACAAGGAAGGAUGAUGCCGUCCGUUCUUCUCAUCGAUAUGACAGUGCUCCAGACAUCAUCUUGUUUAAGGCACUUCUGUCCUUGUGUUCUAAUGAAUCAAUUUCCGCAAAAGGUGCCAUAGAUUUGUGUGUCAAUCAAAUGAAGUGUGUUUUAAGCUCUCAACAGCUUCCCGAGAAUGCUUGUGUUGAAAAUAUUGGGCGAGCAUACCAUGCAACAGAAACAGUUGUGGAGGGACUACUCUAUGCUAGAUCGCUGCUUAAGAAACUUGUUGGGAGCAGUGACUUACCCACUAACUCUGAAAGGAGCAAGGAUGCAGAUGAUGGAGCUUCUGAAGCUGGAAGCUCUAGUGUUGGUAAUCAAACAACAGAUGAACCAUCUGAGCUUUUGUCACAAGCUGAUGCCUGGCUUCGGCGUGCGGAAUUACUUCAGAGCCUUCUCGGGUCAGGAAUUGCUGUUUCUCUUGAUGAUAUUGCUGACCAGGAGUCAUCUGCGUGUCUUCGUGACAGAUUAAUUGGCGAGGAACGUUAUAGCAUGGCUGUCUAUACCUGCAAAAAGUGCAAGAUAGAUGUUUUUCCUGUGUGGAUUGCAUGGGGACAUGCUUUACUUCGGAUGGAGCACUAUUCACAAGCCCGUGUGAAAUUUAUACAAGCCCUCCAACUACGCAAGAAUGAUCCUGACUUCCAUGUCGCACCAGUCAUUUUGGAUAUCAUUAAUACUAUUGAAGGUGGUCCUCCAGUUGAUGUGUCUGCAGUUCGUUCCAUGUAUGAGCAUCUGGAGAAAAGUGCACCAACAAUUCUAGAUGAUUCCCUAUCAGCAGAUUCAUAUCUCAAUGUCCUGCACAUGCCAUCUACUUUUCCUCGUUCAGAGAGGUCAAGGGGGUCCCAAGAGCCUGCAAAUAGUAGCUCAAUGAGUGGCAUAGAUUAUGAUGAUGGACCACGCAGCAAUCUGGACAAUAUUCGAUACCUUGAAUGUGUCAACUACCUGCAGGAUUAUGCACGGGAAGAUUUGCUGGAUUUUAUGUUUAGGCAUGGACACUAUAAUGACGCCUGCUUGUUAUUCUUCCCACCUGAUGGUGCUCCUCCUCCUCCUCAACCUUCAUCUAUUGGGACCGUUACUUCAUCUUCUUCUCCGCAGAGACCAGAUUCUUUGGUAACUGAUUAUGGGACCAUUGACAGCUUAUGCGAGUUAUGUAUUGGUUAUGGUGCUAUGUCAGUGUUGGAGGAAGUGAUUUCUGUGAGAAUAUCAUCUUCAGCAUCCCUAGAUGCUGCUGUAAACAAAUAUACAGAGGCCGCAUUGGCUAAAAUAUGCAAUUACUGCGAGACUCAUAAACAUUUCAAUUACCUCUACAAGUUCUUGGUGAUUAAAAGAGAUCAUGUUGCUGCUGGUCUUUGUUGCAUUCAGUUAUUUAUGUAUUCUUUAAUCCAAGAAGAUGCGGUGAAGCAUUUGCAAAACGCUAAGGUUCAUUUUGAUGAUGGGAUAACAGCCCGUAGAGAUACCACUAAGCUAGUUGGAAAAGGUAUUCGAAGUAAAAGUGCCUCAGAGAAACUUACUGAGGAAGGACUCAACAAACUUUCAGCUCGAGCUGCUAUUCAGGUUGAGGUGGUGAGAUGCCUGAAUGACGCCGAAGGUCCACAGUGGAAGCAUUCUGUCUUUGGAAACCCAAAUGACCCUGAAACAUUCAGGAGGAGGUGUCAAAUUGCAGAAACCCUUGCAGAGAAGAACUUUGACUUGGCUUACCAAGUUGUCUGUCAAUUUGAUCUUCCUGCUGUGGAUAUUUAUGCUGCCGUUGCUGCAUCGCUUGCUGAAAGAAAAAAGGGGAACCUGUUGACUGAAUUCUUAAGGAACAUCAAAGGGAACAUUUAUGACGACGAAUGGGAUGAGGUUUUGGGGGCUGCUAUAAAUGUAUAUGCAAACAAACAUAAGGAGCGCCCAGAUCGUCUCAUAGACAUGUUGAUCAGUACCCACAGGAAGGUGUUGGCUUGUGUUGUCUGUGGUCGUCUAAAAGGUGCUUUCCAGAUUGCCUCUAGAAGUGGCAGUGUGGCUGAUGUUCAGUAUGUGGCACAUCAGGCUCUACAUGCGAAUGCACUCCCAGUUCUUGACAUGUGCAAACAGUGGUUGGCUCAAUAUAUGUAAUUCUUUCUUGGGGUGACUAAUCGGAUUUGGUGAUGGCGUGCAUCCUUGAUACCUUGAGUUCUGUGUGGCGUGUUUGUCAACCCCAUUGUUCAUAUUGUGCCUAAUUGUUCGAAGUGGCAGCCUUGCAACCACAAGCAACAGCCGAAUAGAGGAUGGUGGGACUGGUACGUAUAAGCAACUAGUGUAACCUCUACAUGAUUAAUACAAACAAUAUAGUUAUGAAUAUAGUUAUACAACACUGACUUUCUUUCAACCUGUACCCUGAGCUUGUAUAUAACUUCCUGAGCUUGUACAUAAUCGGUGUUUACAGCCAUACUUUAGCAUUCUGUAGUUGUUAAGGUUUGUAACUUUGUAUUGAUAGAUUUAGAGGGUACAGUUGAGAAAAAGUAAAGCCAGAGUUUUAGUAUACAUGGUGAGAUAGAUAGUUUUUACUUGUGACAGUCAGUAGUAAAGUGUAACAAAAUUUGACAAUCCAUAGCUUACAUUUGUGCUUCAGAACAAGUAGCACAUCUAUAUAUUGUGGAUCAAAUGAGAUAUACUGUUGUUUAAAGUA